CCCGGAGCCGUGCCCACACCCCAGACAAAGAAAUUGGAGCAGCUGGUGUGGCACUGGCAGUUGCAUCAGGCGAGGCGGCCGGUCACAGCCUAUAGAGAGCCGUAGAAUCAACUCCUCCAACAAUCUAAUCAGAACUAGUGAGGCGGACUGGGUAAGCCGGAGAAGCCAUCAUGACCCCGGAGUUGGCCUCAGCCUCCCCAAGGACGGAUGGAAACGUGCGAUUGACGCCGUCAAGGGCACGAGAUUGGCCAUAUGCAAGCUAGGCAACGUUGCGCAUUGCCAUCCCCGGCUGCCCCGGGGGGAAGCCUCGAGUUCGAAGCAACCCCCAGGCGCCCCAACUGAUGCGAGUCCGGGGCCCCGUAUCAUGGACGGCGCCGGCAGGAGGGAAAUACACGUCAACGACUCAACGCUGGGGGCGUGCUGGGGCGUCGAAUGCGGGGAAGAGAAUUGCGGCUCAUGCAAGUCAAACUGCGGAGCCGCAGUGGGACGCUCUAGCAGUGCCCGUACGGGCCCUACCAAGCAACCAAACAACGCCAGCAGGGCCGCUAGGGAAGGGCUUGGACGGGGGUAUGGCUUUGAUGCCAGUUCCAAAGGCUAAGCGCGGGCUGGUGACGCUGGUCCAAAUGCAGCCGGGGUGGCCUGGCCAUACAGAUCGUCCCCGUCCCCCAAACCCGACGACGAUGGACAGUAUGAGCUGCGACGUGUGGCAAUUCCACUUCUCCCUUUGGCCUUCUGGCCAAGUAAACAACGUCAGGAACGGCUUGGCCUCCACCCCCGGCGCCUCUAAGCGGUUAUCGUUCCACCUCGGAGGAGCCCCAGUCCGCAGGCUGCCUGAGAUUUAGUCGUGAGGGGAAACGAACUGGUACAUGCUUGCAAUGGGACCCACGACGUCGCAGCACGGGGGAGACAGGGCUCCCUCCAGUCCGGGGAUAGAUGCAUC